AUGGAAGAGAUCCAAAAAGGCAUUGAACAUUUGAAUGAAAGAGGCUAUGCAGUGUUUUCUAAUGUACUGACACCUGAAGAAAUCACAAAUAAUAUCGAUUUAUUCUGGAAACAUUUGGAAAAUUUACCAUCACCAUAUCAAAUUAAACGAAAUGAUGCACAAACAUGGGAUAUUGCAUGGCCUGGUUUCCAUCACGUUGGAAUAAUAAAAAACGAAGGUAUAGGUCAAUCACAGUUUACAUGGUCAGUACGAGGAAAUCCAAAUGUAAAAAAGAUCUUUGCUCAAAUUUGGCAAACAAAUGAAUUACUUGUUUCAUUCGAUGCUGUUGGUUGUUUUCGUGAUUGGAAUUUAAAUCCAACAUGGAAGACAAUAAGUGGAUGGUAUCAUUGUGAUCAGAAUCCACUUGAGAAGCCUGAUCGUUGUUCGAUUCAAGGUUUUGUAUCAUUAACAGACAACAACGAAUAUAGUGGUGGUCUUGUUAUUGUCCCUGAAUCCCACAAACAUUUCGAUGAACUUCGCUCAAUAGCUUGGAACAACGAUGGGAAAGUCAAUCUCGUGCGUGUUAGUCAAGGCAAUCCAUUGAUUAAACAAUUGCCGCCGCGUCUAGUCAAAUGUAAAGCAGGUGAUCUUGUUGUAUUUGAUUCUCGAUGUAUUCACUGCAACACACCAGCUCUCGACACCAACGAUAAAAUAGAGAAAAUAGCAAGUUUACAUCAAGACAAAUCUCCUCGAUUAUUGCGUAUUGUUGCUUAUGUGUCUAUGAGUCCAACAUCAAUGGUCCCUCACGAUAAACUUGAAGAAUUUCGAAGGGCUAGAGAAGAAUUUGUCAGAAAUAGAAUAACAUGUUCACACUGGGCUGCCGAACUCAAUAUUGCCAGCGGACCAUCAUCCGGUAUGAAGCAGCCACUCAAGCUUUCCGCGUAUCAAAGAUCGCUUAUUAUCGGUAGCAAUGUUGAUCCAGACGAUGGAACAACAGAAGUAAUUGGUAUGUGA